AUGCCGACAUUGUUCCUCAUUUGUGCGCCAGUGGCUCCCACAGAGGUUUCCUACUUGAAUGUGACAUUAUGGGACGGUCGAAAGAAAACGCUCUUGCAAAAUGCCCCCACCAAAUGGCUGGCCCAUCGGGUAUGUGAAGACUUCAUCAAUACACACUGGAGUGGGCAGACGUCCAUCAAGCCCGAGCAAGACACAGGAGUUUGGGAGGUUAGGCCUCCUACCUGGUGGGAGAUCAGGUAUGAAUCUGUCACCUGGUCCUUUGACACACAACACUCUCCUGCCCCCCGUCUUGAUUCCUCUCUACCUUCUUCACGCUUGUCAUUGAGGCGUCUCCCGCAGUUCUUGUCCGACGUUCAGUCGCGCAAGGCCUCCAAGACCAGAGUCAUCAUGGACCAGAUGAGAGCCACUCCCAGUCCCAGCUCCGCACAAGGCGGUGACCGCGACUCUGAUCCAGACUCACCCUUCAGCCCCGGAAACCACACCACACCAGGGAGAAACGGGUGGAUGGAGCUCCCGUCACCUACGUUCAAUGUCAAAGCACUGGUUUCCAGCAGCGCUGCACGCUCGUCGUUCCCUAUGACAUCCUCAUUUCCAGACAUGCCCUUUCACAUACAAUCUUCCGCGCCGCCUGGACCCUUCUAUCACCUCCCGCGCGCACCGGGGUAUCCAUGCUCGUACUACGUCUCAGCCCGCGCUCCGCCGCCGCCACCACCACCGACCUCAUGGGUCCCAAUCGCUGCUCCCACCUACGCAAACAGCAUGUAUGCGCGGCCCGUCGUGUGGUGA